UUUACCUGUGAGAUUGACAUUUACAGUAUACAACAAUACUAAUAUAAUUACAAAGCCAGUAAAUCGUGACGCAAAAGCGGCAAAAACAAAAAAGGGGAAUUCCCUAAAUACUUGUUAGCGUUAUUCCCUACAUACACAGACGACAGACGCAGGUCGGCCGAUACGGUACCGGUACCUGUAAUAUACAGCUUAUCAGUAUUAUAUCGCCUGUUGCUGUAUUGACAAUUCUACUUUCAAAAGUUCUAUGAAAUGAAGACAAAAAGGCGAAAAAUCAAUCUUAGCGAUGUUGCCUCGCUUGAGAGAAGCAUGUCUUGCCAAGAUGUCUCAUUUUCAAGGACCAGAAGGAGGAAAUCCAGCCUCAAUUCUCUUGCUGACAUUGAAAAUGCCUCCGUUUCUUUCGGGACAUCUAUAAAAGGUGAUGCAGAUACAAUGAUACCAUGCGGACAAAGUGUAGAAAAUAAUAACAAUUCUUUACAUGAUGUUGAAUAUCAGAAUAACAGUGAUGAUGAUUUGUUUGGUAACUUAACAGUUGAUGAGAAUAGAUCACCAUCUCCAAUUCUUCCUAGUUACGCAAGCCCUACUCAGAAAAUAAAUAGAACGAAAAGAAGCCGUCAAUCACUAUGUAGUGUCAAUUGGAGCGCUGAUGAAACACUACUUAUGAAAUGCUCUGACCAACUUUUUGCUAACGAGAAAAAAGAUGACCCGAAAUUAUCUAAAACUGUUCAAAAUGUUACCGACGCAGACAUUGAAAAAAAAUCCCAGAAGUGUUCUGAUGCAAAAUCUGAAAUGAAAAAUGACUCUGUAUUUGGAGAUAUUGAUUUAUCCUAUGUUGAAAAUCAGAUGAAUACUAAUAUUAAAAAGAAUUCAAAAUCAGAGGCGCACAAUAAUUCACCAAUCAAGUCAAAAUUUGACCAAGUUGUUGAAGAGCCAAAGCCUGUGGCUGCUUCUACUCCAUCUCGUGCAUGUGCUGGUGGUAAUCUUAUGCUCAAGCUCAAAGAAAGAUUAAAAGCAAAUGCUAAUCAACAAACAGCAUCAAGUUUUCAUCUUCGUGAUGCGGCAAAAGAUUUUUCAAAAAUUUUAUUGGAUGUUGGUGGAGAAAGCCAGUUUCUAACGCAAUCACAGUUGAAAUGCAAAUCUCUAGGACCAUUUUAUGGACUUCCAGCAAAAGUUCAAAAUUUGAUGGAACAAUUCAGAGGAAUAAAGAAAGUUUAUGAUUGGCAACACAAGUGUCUGUCUUUACCAUCAAUAUCAGAAGGGAAAAAUUUAAUUUAUUCUCUUCCAACAAGUGGAGGAAAAACAUUGGUUGCUGAAAUAUUAAUAAUGAGAGAACUUUUAUGCAAAGAAAGAGAUGCUAUACUUGUAUUACCAUUUGUAGCUAUAGUACAAGAAAAGGUUCGUAAUAUUGCACAGUUUGCAGAUGAACUUGAUUUCUUGGUGGAGGAAUAUGCCGGUAGCAAGGGAAAAAUUCCACCGACUAAACGACGAAAAAGAAAAUCCCUAUUUAUUUGUACAAUUGAGAAAGCUAAUACUUUGGUAAACUCCUUAAUUGAAGCCCAAAGACUUGAUAGCGUUGGCUUAGUUGUUGUUGAUGAACUUCAUAUGUUGGGUGAAGGUGGACGGAGAGGAGCAACUAUUGAAAUGACGCUUGCAAAAAUUAUGCAUGUUUCUUGUACUACACAAAUUAUUGGGAUGUCUGCAACUCUCAGCAAUAUUGGAGAUCUGGCAACUUUUUUACAUUCUGAAGUUUAUACAAAUGAUUUUCGUCCUGUAACUCUUGAUGAACAUGUUAAAUAUGAAGAUUCUAUUUAUAAAGUUGAUCCGAAGAAUUUAAAUCCUGAUGAACAAUUAACGUUUGAUAGACCUAUCGGAUAUACAAAUAAAGAAAUGUCGUUAAGAGAUACUGAUCAUCUCGCAACAUUAGUUUUAGAAGUUAUACCUGAUCAUUCAUGUUUAAUAUUUUGUGCUACGAAGAAGAAUUGUGAAAAUGUGGCAACCAUGAUUUGCAAGUUAUUACCAGAAUCUCUCAAAGAAAGAAAAGUGAGAGAAAAGAAGGGAAUAUUAGAGACAUUAUAUCAAGAUUCCGGUAAUGAAGGAAUAUGUCCUGUUUUGUUGAAAACCAUUCCUUAUGGUGUUGCAUAUCAUCACAGUGGAUUAACAUCGGAUGAAAGAAGACUAAUAGAAGGAGCAUAUACAGAUGGUGUAUUAUGUGUUAUCACUUGCACAUCUACUCUCGCUGCAGGUGUUAAUUUACCAGCAAGGAGGGUUAUUAUUCGUUCUCCAUAUGUUGGAAGAAGUUUUUUAUCUCGGGCACAAUAUAAACAAAUGGUUGGUCGAGCGGGAAGAGCUGGUAUCGAUACAAAAGGAGAAAGCUAUCUUAUUUUAACCAAAACACAGGACAAGCAAAGAGUUAUGGAACUGGUAACAGGACCUGUCGAAACAUGCAUAAGUAGUUUAAUGUACGAUGGUGGAAAAGGUUUCAAGACAUUAAUAUUGAAUUUAAUUGGUUUAAAGAUAAUGACAAAAUUAUCUGAUGUUAAAGAUUUCUUUUCUCGAACUUUAAUAUCUGUGCAAUUGAAAUCACUUCCUGAUAGAUUUUCAUAUUUAUCAACAACCGAAGAUACCUCAGAUAAUGCAACCUUGGUUGAAAAUGUCACCAAAAAUGCUCUUCAAGAAUUGCUAAAUCUAAAACUUAUUAAACUCGUUAAAUUGAAAGAAGAUGAAAAUUCUCAAGAUUCAAAGGACAUUUCAGAUUAUGGUUUAGAGGCAACAAAACUUGGAAUUGCAACGAAUCGUGGUUCUAUUGAUUUAACAAUCAGUAAUAUUGUAUAUGAUGACAUGAAACUUGGACUGCAAAAUCUUGUGCUUUUGAACUAUCUUCAUUUACUUUAUCUGGUCACCCCACAUGAUGCAUGUGCUAAUAUCAAGCCAAAUUGGAUGUUUUAUUUUGAAGAAUAUGGUAAACUUACACCAGAUGAACAAACUGCUGCAACUGUAAUUGGUGUUCCUGAGAAUUUUAUUGCAAUGAAAGCAGUUGGCCAUAGGGUCAGAAAUAAGAAAUUCAAAGACGAAGUUGUUUCAAGGUUUUAUGUAACGUUAAUGUUGUAUCACUUAUUCCGUGGUAAAUCUGUAUGGGAAGUUUCUGUCAGAUUUGAACAACCAAGAGGAUUUCUACAAAGUUUACUGUCAAGUUCUGCUGCUUUCGCUUCUUGUGUUUUGCAUUUUACAAAGGAACUGGAAGAGUUCUGGCCAUAUCAUGCACUACUUGAAAAAUUGAUUCAAUGUUUGCAAUAUUGUACAACUGCUGAAUUAAUACCUCUCAUGGAAAUACCAGGAGUAAAAAUUGCAAGAGCUAAACAGCUUUUCAAUUCUGGCUUCAAAUCGUUGGCACAAAUAGCAAAGUCAGAAGCCAACAAUUUGGUGAAAAACAUUGAACAUCUCUCAAAACGACAAGCACUUCAGAUAAUUGCAUCAGCCAAGGUUCUUCUAAAAGAAAAGAUUGAAGAAUUGCAAGCGGAGGCAGAGGAAUUACAAACAAUACCGGAUAUAUGAUUUUUCAAUAAAAUUAAUUUUGUGGUGUUUGAUAGAAUCAGUAUUGAAUAUGAAAAUUUCAGUAUUCUUAGUUUUUGACACCAUUGUCCGAUUUUGCUUUCAUACACAUUUUUUUUUGCACAAACAUGUAACAGUUUUUAUGAAAUUUGGCAAAAAAAUCAAGGAAUAAUAAGAUGUCGCUUUGAAAUCAAG